GCCACUGCCAGCGCGCCCUCUCCGGACCGCGGUGCUAUGGCCCCCGCCCGCCUGCUCGCGCUGCUCCUGCUUUUCGUAGGCGCCCCCGCUGCCACCGAGUCGAUCCGGGAGACUGAGGUCAUCGACCCCCAGGACCUCCUGGAAGGCCGCUACUACUCGGGAGCCCUACCAGAUGAUGAGGAUAUUGGGAGGCCCGGGCAAGAUGACUUUGAGCUGUCCGGCUCUGGAGACCUGGGUGACUCCGAGGACCCCAAGGGCUUCCCUGAAGUGAUCCAAUCCCUGAUACCUCUAGAUAACCAUAUCCCUGAGGGGGCAGGGCCUGGGAGCCGGGUCCCCAUUGAACCUAAGGAACUGGAGGAGAAUGAGGUUAUCCCCAAGAGAAUCUCGCCUUUUGAUGGGGAUGAAGAUGUGUCCAACAAGGUGUCCAUGUCCAGCACUGCACAGGACGGCAACAUCUUUGAGAGAACAGAGGUUCUGGCAGCUCUAAUUGUGGGCGGCGUUGUGGGCAUCCUCUUUGCCGUCUUCCUGAUUAUGCUGCUGGUGUACCGCAUGAAGAAGAAGGACGAAGGCAGCUACGACCUGGGCAAGAAACCCAUCUACAAAAAAGCCCCCACCAACGAGUUCUAUGCAUGAAGCUUCCUCGUGGCACUGGUUUUGGACGUUGGGGGGAGGGAAGCCGGAGGAUUUUGAAGGGUGGACGUUAGGGUAGGGGGAAGUCAACCUAAUACUGACCUGUCAGUAUCUCCAGCUCUGAUUGAUUACCUUUUAAGUGUCAGAAGAGACAUUACCUUCUACUGUUCUGCCUGGCUCUCCUUGAUUUGUUGGGCCUGGCAGAAAAAUGGGCAAUCCUGGGAUUGGAUUAUUUCCUAAACUUACUGUUUAGAAUCUAGGUCCAACUUCGAGCCUAUUCUGAACAUGCCUCAUCCAGAGCCCCUCUGAAGCCAGGUGGGUAGGGGGGAUUCAGUGAGUCCUGGCUGGAGCUUAACCACCCCCCUCCCCACCAGCCAUAUUCCUGGCCUCCUGUCCCACACAGCCUGUCCCUCUGCCAGGAAUUGGGAGAAGGAUCUAGCACCAUCUGCACCUUGACAUGUGUCUGUAAAUGGAUUCUUAGGAUCACACUACGGGGAGUCUCUGUGGUAUACCUUGGGCCAUUCUAGGCUCUUUUAAGUGACUUUUGGAAAUCAACCUUUUUUAUUUGGGGAUUGGGGGAGAGAGCUAAAAGUUCAUGCUGAAAUGGAUUUAUAGAAUAUUUGUAAAUCUAUUUUUAGGGUUUUUUGUAUGUGUUUUUGUUUUGUUUGUUUAUUGUUUUUUAAUGGUUCAUUCCUCUGUGCAGAGUGUCUCUCUGCCGGGGCAGGAGUGCGGAGAUGCUAAGAAAUUCUGCCCUCUCUUGCUCAUUUCCACCGCACCUGCUAAGUUUGUAUUUAAUGGUUUUUUUUGUUUCUUUUUCUUGGAAAUGAGAGAAGAGCCGGAGACAUGAUUUUUAUUUUUAUUUUUUACUAUUUAUAGCUUUAGACAGGGCCUGUCCUUCCCUCUUUCUUUCAUUAAACUUCUUCCCCCAAGUUUUUUAUACUUCACACACCCCUGCUCAUGACCUUGGCCCUUUCUAAAGCUGCUUCCUCUAAGAAGUAGCUUUGACAGAAAAAGUUUUUUAGCAGAUCCCAAAAUAUAAUGAAAGGGGAUGGUGGGAUAUUUGCGUCUGUGUACUUGUAAUAUAUUAUUAUUCUUCCUUGGUUCUAGGAAAAUAGAUAAAUAUAUUUUUUUUCAGGAAAUAGUGUGAUAUUUCCAGUUUGAUGUUGGCUGGGUGGUCGAGUGAGUGAAUUUUCAUGUGGCUGGGUGGGUUUUUGCCUCUUUUUUCUCUUGCCCUGUUUCUGGUGCCUUCUCCGGAUUGGGCUAGAAUAGUUGAGGUAGACAGCGCUACCCUUUCUGCCUUCUGCCGGGGAAACCAGCUGGUGUUCUUUGGUUUGCUUUGUCCAAGCUCUAGGGCUGUGCUAUCCAAUACAGUAACCACAUGCGGCUGUUUAAAUUUAAGUCAAUUAAAAUCACAUAAAAUUAAAAAUUCAUACCACACUUGCACUAACCACAUUUUGAGAGCUCAGUCACCACAUGUGGCUUGUGGCUGCUGUAUUGACUGAGCGGAGGGCAUUUCCUGCUAUUGGAGAGUGCUGCUCUAGAGAACUAAACUGGCUUAGGAACUCACAGCCUUGGCUGUGUUGGGAUGAACCUGAGCUGGGUGUGCAUGGGGGAGGGCUGAUGAGGCCCUGUCAUCUGGGACGCCCCCUCCAGGGAGGAGAGGCCUAGUGGUGGCUUAGCCUGGGCAGACCGUGUCUCCUCCAGCCAGUGAGGGGAACCACCCUCCCUUGCUGCACCAGUGGCUGUCAGCUCCCACGGCCACCCCAACCUAGGGUCCCAGCUGGCUGGGUCCCCUCCCACCCCCAGCGCCCUUUACCUCGGGUUGUAUUGGAGCGAGCACCUCUUCUGUAGUCACCUCUCACACUGUCGUCUGUUACUGAUUUUUUUGAUAAAAAGAUAAUAAAACCUGAUACUUUCUAGA